CAAAACGAAAUGAACUUUCACUGUCAUGUUGGUUUCAAAGUCCAAAUUUUGGAUCAAAUCUCAAUAGGCUGAUGAUUAAGGUAUAACAGUCCGUUAGAUUGAUGGUAGAAGAGUGUCUUCCACGCUUCAAACUGGAAUGACAAUGUCUGAAGAAGUUGUGAUCGUUGGAGCAGGCAUUUCUGGUUUGGCUGCUGCAAAAUGCUUCAGGGAGGCUGGCUUCAAGGUGAUGGUCCUGGAGAAGAGCGGUGUUGUCGGUGGGCUCUGGUCUUACAGUGAGAAUAGUUAUGGUGUCAUGAAGUUCACACACAUCAAUGUCUCCAAACAAAACUACUGCUUCUCUGACUUUCCAUUCCCGGAUGAUGUCCCCGAAUUCCCCCACAACUGUGAUAUGGCCAAAUAUAUCAAAGACUACACAGAGUACUUUGGAAUUGACAAACUUAUCCGCUUCCAUACCAUGCUGAAAAGCCUAGAAAGAAAAGGUGAUAGUUGGCGUCUAACAAUUGCUACAGUAAAUGAAGAUGGCUCAUUAGGAAAGGAGGAAGUUAUUGAUGCCAAAUAUGUUGCCAUAGCAACAGGUCAUCAUGCCAAACCCAGCACACCGAAAUUUGAAGGCCAAGAUAUAUUCAAGGGAAACAUCACCCACAGUGUAAAAUACAAACAUGCGACAACCAAUGGCAUCAUGGGAAAGAAAGUUAUUGUCGUUGGCAUUGGCAACAGUGCAGUCGAUGUGGCGGUAAAUGCGGUGGAGGAAGGAAGAUGUCCAAAGGUUUACCUCAGUACAAGAUGCGGUGCCUGGGUCGCCCCCAAUUAUAUAUUUGGACGACCAGUGGACCACUACGCCUGCCGUGUCUUGAUGAAGUUGCCAUGGCAGAUCCUGAACAUGGUUUAUGAGACAGUACUGUCUCUCACUCUUGGACACCCAAACAAGUGGAAGCUCAAUCCAAAGAUGAAGGCCCUUCAGACGCAGCCUACAGUCAGUCCCACCUUAGUACAUCAUAUACAGAGGGGCAACAUUGCAGUCAAGUCAAAUAUCAAAGAGUUCAAAGAAAACAGUGUGGUAUUCACGAAUGGAGAGGAAGUUCAGGCAGACGAUGUCAUUCUCUGCACGGGUUACAAGAUAGACCUGCCCUAUCUUGAGGGUGAUGUCAGACAACAUGUCUUAGACAAUGUGACUAACACGAUAAGGCUCUUCAAGAAUGUCUUCUCACCAGAGAUAGGAUCAAGUUUGGCGUUCAUUGGGUUUGUCCAGCCAGCGUCCGGGGGUAUUCUUGCCAUGUCUGAGAUCCAGGCGAGAUGGUUCGUCGAGUUAUGCCGCGGAAAGAUCAAGUUGCCAUCGAAAAAGGAAAUGGAGGAAAAUAUUGAUUCAGAAUUGCAAGAAGUAUCAAAACGAUACUUCAAGUCAGCACGCCAUACCAUCCAGAGAGACCCAAUACCUUACUGCGAUGAGAUAGCUGAAUUCUUUGGGGCAAAACCAAAUAUUCUAGAUCACCCCCUUUUGGCGUGGAAGUUACUCUUCAGUACAUGUGGCGCAUCCCAGUGGAGACUUCAGGGACCAGAGAAAUGGGAGAAAGCCAGCGAGACGAUCUCGAACGUGCCUGUGACUGGACUUGUGCAUUAUUCCGUCUGUUUUACGCUUUUCCUACUCGGGGUACUACUGUUCUAUCUCUUGUCAAUGUUACAAGACAUGUUCUAGAUCGAGACUAUCCUGGUCAUCUAGAUAGGCCUGAUACGAGGCAUGGUGCUCUAUACCUGGUUGCAGAGUCGGAGUUAUUUCAAAGUCAUCAAGACUAAUUGGAGGUCAGCUGUAGCGAGUGUAUCAAAGACUUCAAUUCGCUACACCACACAGAGGUUAGAGGUGGUUGGAUACGUCAGUUACGCCAUGAUAUCCAUUAUUGGACAUUUCUAUUUGAUUUUAUUUCUGUUCAGGAAUUCAAAAGAUGAUUAAAUGGCCAAGUUUGGCAUUGGCAUUGGCAUCUGUCAUCUGUUAUCUUUGUGUGUCUUAUUUCUACUUCCUCACAUGAUGUAGAGAGAGAGACAGCACUCCUUGACAACCAAGAUUUGAGAGCUUUCAAAGUUUAAUUCCCAUGGAACAACUCGUUUGAAGACACUGACAGGAUACAGCACAAGAAAAAUAAAUAGACAAGAAAAUGGAUAAUCAAAAUUCAGUUUAUAUCCCUUCUAUCAAAAAC